UGAUUACUGCAAUAUAGAAGCACUUUUCUCAGUGUUUUUGUGAUGAGAACAUUAGCACGAGCUGUUCGGGAUUGCUUAUAGGAGGGUCAGAAGCACUUGUCUGCAAUUGAAUUAUGAGAAGUUCUUGUAAACAUUUUAGAAGCUGAUCCAAACGCGCUUUCGGUGCAGUGCUUAUACCAGAAGCACUUGGAGAUGAAUCAGAAGAAAAAAUAGGUGCUUUUAAAAAUAAAAUAAUAACCACGAGACACGUACGAACACCUGUCAUUACAAAUAUGAAAUACCGACAUUUCGAAAUCCUCGUAUAAAUACCGCGUUCGAUCCCGAAUCCUUGAUCACCCUCUUAAAUACUCCAUCCCCAUUUCAAUUCCCCACUCUCACAGAGAGAGAGAGAGAGAGCUCAAAUCAAAUCCAAAAUGGCAAUCUCAGUCUUCUUCAAAGAGAAAAAGUACCCCUUCCUCUUGGCCCUCGCGGUCCUCUUCGUCUGCGUCACUCUCCUCCUCCUCUCCAACUCCACCCCCUACCCCCUCCACGAUCUCCAAUCCUCCUCCUCCUCCUCUUCUCCUAUCGCAUCCACCGCCAAAAACGGCGGCGUUUCGGACGGUAAAAUUGCCGCCGUGAAUAUAAGUUGGGCUCUCUGCCCGGGCCCGCUGGCCGUCGAUUUCAUUCCGUGCCUGGAUAAUUGGAAGGCGAUCAAGGCCUUGAAGUCGCGCCGUCACAUGGAGCACCGCGAGCGGCAUUGCCCGGCGCCGGGCCUGAGGUGCCUGCCGCCGUUGCCGAGAGGCUACAAGGUGAAGGUUCCGUGGCCGAAGAGCAGGGACAUGAUAUGGUAUGACAAUGUACCUCAUCCGAAGCUGGUUGAGUACAAGAAGGAUCAAAAUUGGGUGAGGAAAUCCGGCGAUUAUCUUGUUUUUCCGGGAGGCGGUACUCAGUUCAAGGAUGGGGUUACUCACUACAUUGAGUACAUUCAAAAGACUUUGCCGGCUAUUGAGUGGGGGAAGAAUAUAAGGGUUAUUUUGGAUGUCGGUUGUGGGGUUGCUAGCUUUGGGGGGUAUUUGCUGGAUAAGAAUGUUAUCACCAUGUCGUUUGCGCCAAAAGAUGAGCAUGAAGCUCAGAUACAGUUUGCUCUUGAAAGGGGGAUUCCUGCAACUCUCUCGGUUAUCGGAACACAAAGGCUAACGUUUCCGGAUGAUGCUUUUGAUUUGCUUCAUUGUGCACGGUGUAGAGUACACUGGGAUGCAGAUGGCGGGAAACCACUAUUGGAGCUCAACAGGAUUCUGAGGCCCGGGGGAUUUUUCAUAUGGUCUGCUACACCAGUUUAUCGUGAUGAUAACGAAAGAGAUCGCGAAGUAUGGAAAUCUAUGGUAGCUCUGACAACAGCAAUGUGCUGGAAGGUUGUUGCUAAGUCUUUUGAUUCAACUGGAAUUGGGCUCGUAAUAUAUCAGAAGCCUGACUCUACUUCCUGCUACAGUGAACGUCAAAACCCUGAUCCACCUGUGUGUGAUCCUAAAGACAAGAAACUUGGUUCAUGGUAUGUGCCACUUAGUCGUUGCCUUUCCCAACUACCUGGAUAUAGCUGGCCUGUGCCCUGGCCGGAGCGGCUUAGCAGUAAACCUCUAAGCUUGUCGCCUGAGCCAGAAUCCGAGGAGAAGUUCUACAAGGAUACUAAAGAUUGGUCUGCACUUGUGUCAAAUUCCUACCUGAAUAAUGCUGCUAUAAACUGGUCGAGUGUGCGGAAUGUAAUGGAUAUGAAUGCUGGUUAUGGAGGAUUUGCUGCAGCACUUAUCGAUCGGCCUCUCUGGGUAAUAAAUGUCAUCCCGGUUCAUGUACCAGAUACUCUGCCUAUUAUUUUUGAUAGAGGAUUAAUUGGAUUCUAUCAUGACUGGUGCGAGCCAUUGAGUACCUACCCUCGAACCUAUGAUCUACUGCAUUCAAGUUUUCUCUUUGAAAGCCUUUCUCAAAGAUGCGACAUUGUAGAUGUAGUGGUAGAGAUGGAUCGCAUACUGAGGCCUAAUGGAUAUAUAGUGAUUCAAGAUACAAUGGAAAUGAUAGACAAGCUGAGGCCAAUCUUGCAUUCGCUUCAGUGGUCUUCAACUGUCCAUCAAGAUCGAGUUCUUAUCGGUCAGAAAGGCUUCUGGCGUCCGGCAAGAUUUGCAAGUAGAUCAUGAAUUAAGUUGGCUUUUGCGAGCUUUUUUCCCUGUACAAGCUUAUAUAUAUCUAUAUGUUAAUCAUCUGUAACAAAGAAUCAGACAGUUGAAAAGCUUUUUUUUACGGCUCAAAUUGAAGCGCCAAAGUCAUAGGACUCAGAUAGAAAUUUAUACCCUUACCAAUAAUAAAAUGAUAUUGGUCAAGUUACAUAGUCAAAUUGUAUGAUGCAUUACUGGAUACACAGUUACAAAUAGAAUUGUUAUAAGUU